CCGGGUGGUGGUGGGGGGGACCACUUCCAAACAGAGAGAGAAAGAGACUCGCCAUCCUCUAAGUCAACCGUUCGGUCGCAACCAAAGGUCUUCAGCAUGGAUAAUCAUUCCUACAACUUUCCAUCCGACUGCACCCCACUCACAAACUGCAAGUCAGCCCGCAAGCCGGCGGGUUCCACCGUGGUGAACAUGGGCAAUGCAGGGAAGAACCCUCCCCGGGACUACCUGCUCUGGUCGCUCUGCAACACCUUUUAUGUCAACUUCUGCUGCCUUGGCUUCAUGGCACUCAUCUACUCCAUCAAGGCCCGGGACCAGAAGACUCUCGGGAACCUGCAGCUGGCUCAGGAGUGCUCAGACAAGGCCAAAUGGUACAACAUCCUGGCCGCCGGCUGGAACCUGCUGAUCCCUCUGCUGGCCAUUGUCCUGAUCGUCCUCCUGCUUGUCCACCUUGGCUCCUCUCAGGGUUCCUUCGAUUUCCUGGGAGAGGAUGGUUUCCAAAACUUCCUCAAGCUGUUCAGCUGGUAGAUGGAGGAGAAAAAAAAUUUCUGAUUGGAUUCAGAAGACGAUGACAGACGUUAGAAUUAGUCAGCGUCUAAAUGUUUGUUUUCGACUUGUCCUAUGCAGAUGUGUUAAAACUUCUACUUACAAUUCGAGUUAACUGUAACACUGAUAACUUAUUUUAGCAGUAUUAGCGUCUCUCUGCCAAAAAUUAGAUAAAUUCAAAAAUGUCAAGGCGGAUUUAAGCAGUAUUUUUUGAAACAGUGCCAUGAAUGUGACUUACAUCUGAGCUGUUGCUAGUACGAAAAGGAAAAAAUGGCAACAUAAUGUAGAGCAUGCAGAUGUUUUAUGUGUGUGAGCCAAAGGCUGAAAUGGCCUCAAAGACAAAAUGAAGGAAAGAAAAAAAAACAUCACAGGGACAGUUUGCAUUUUUUGAAGUAAAGUAAUUUAAAAUUAUUAUAAGUACUUGUGGUAAAAGAUGUGAUAUCACAACGAGUUUGGUGAAAAAGCUAGUCACAAAAACAGCAUUUUAGCUAGUUUCAACAGGUUAACAUCCCAUCCACACAAAACAGUUUUUUUUGCUAAAAGAGAAACGUUUUGAACAACUUUUGCUCUAUGUUUACACGCAGAUGGUGUUUUGGGCAUCCUAAACAUUUUGUUUUUGUUUGUUUUUUUUACAUUUUCCAAAGUAAAAAAUUCACUCUUGUGUAUUUGGACAACAAAAACACUUUUUAAAAAAAAAAAAAUCUCCAACAUGCUAGCCUACAAUCUAGCCUGACCUAUAACCUCAAACGUAUCAAAUGCAACAAUGAAAGAUUACAUAUUCCACAAAAGACUUGCGUUUGUUCUGUUACGGCAGCUUUACGCACAUGUCCCACAGUGCAUGUUUAUCGCCACCUACAGGGGAGGAGGAGUCAAAAAUGAGGCUAUCCUCUUUUAGGAAGGAAACAUUUCUGAAAACGGUCCUGCGUGAACCUAAGUAUUUUCGACAACAUCUUGUUUUAGGAGAAAAAUUGUUUGCGUGUGGUUGAGAUCUAAAAUGACUAACUGAAAAUGUGCAUGGAUGUGGAACAUGGAGCUAUGUCAGAAGAUAUUGUCUACAUUUCAUACGUUUGUCAAUGUCUUCUCAGCUAGACAAUGUCCAUGUAACUAUGUUAAAACUACAUCAGAAAUCCUUAGAAACCCUAGAAAUCCUAAGGUUUUUUUUUAAAAGGCUAAUUUAUGGCCAGUCACAAAAUCCAGCUUCUCUGCUUUAUUUUUGGUAUUUAUUGUAUUUAUGUGAAGUACAAUUUGAUCGGUGGUUGGAACUGUCUUUGGUCAGGAUAGAUUGAGAUUGAGAACUGAAAUAACAAACAAACGUGGAGCCAAAGUUUACAACGGACAAUGAAUUCAUUUUCAUCUUCUAGCAUUUCUCACAUUAUUUUAUACAUCUCUUUUCAUCAUUUUAUGUUUUUUUUUUGUUGUUGUUUGAUGCUUUGAAGGUUUUCUGUUGUAUUGCCUUAUUGUGUUCAAUCUAUGAAAUAAAUCAAUCAGACUGUAUGUUAGCACAGUA